AUGGCAGUAGUACAGGGCACCACUACAGACGCAUUCAAAUCUCUCAAGGAAAUUAUGCAAAAGAAUCUUGACGACGGCGAGGAAACCGGCGCUGCCAUAUACGUCAACCUCGACGGCAAACCCGUCGUCGAUAUCUGGGGUGGCUAUGCCGAUGAGAAACGCACCCGUCCCUGGACCGAAGAUACCAUCGUCAAUGUCUGGUCCACAACCAAAAAUGUCACCGCGUUGGCUGCUCUGAUCCUCGUUGACCGCGGCUUGUUGGACCUUGACGCGCCAGUUGCGAAGUACUGGCCCGAGUUCGCUGCCAAUGGGAAGGAAAAAGUGCUUGUCCGCCAUGUCCUGUCCCAUACCUCGGGCGUCUCCGGCUGGGACCAACCAUUCACAUAUUCCGAUAUCUACGACCUAGAAAAAUCAACUGCCCGUCUCGCUGCCCAGGCACCGUGGUGGGAACCAGGUACGGCAUCGGGCUACCACGCCAUCAACUACGGCCAUCUAGUCGGCGAAAUCGUGCGCCGCGUCUCCGGCAAAUCGCUUCGAGACUUUGUCAAAGACGAAAUCGCGCGUCCACGAGAUGCAGAUUUCAGUCUUGGGGCGCCGGAGUCUGAAUGGCAUCGUCUUGCGGAGAUUAUUCCUCCUCCGCCGGCAGACCCAGCUGCAUUCGCACAGCUUGAUCCGCAGAGUAUUCCUGUGAAGACGCUUGGCAUAGGAAUGGCCAGCGCGAGCUAUCCCAACACUGCUGUGUUUCGAAAAGCUGAAAUCGGUGCCAUCAACGGCGUAACGAAUGCUCGAGCUCUAAACAAGAUUUUCGCUCCAUUGGCUUUGGGCGGCGAGGAGAGUCUCCUGUCACCCAAAACGAUUGAUAGGAUCUUUGAAGUCCAGGCUGAUGGUCCUGAUUUGGCUGUUUUUGCACCCUUGCGUUGGGGAAUUGGGUUUGGAUUGCCGAAUCCUGCUACUACGCCUUUUAUCCCGGAGGGACGGGUGUUCUUUUGGUUUGGAUGGGGUGGUUCGUUUGUAAUUGUUGAUACGGAGAGGAAGUUGACGAUUACUUAUGUUAUGAAUAAGAUGGGCGAGGGCGUGAUAGGAAGCCCUCAAUCGCAGCAAUAUGUUGAGGCUGUGUAUGAAGUGGUUCGGAAGUUGUAA